AUGGAAAGAGAAAAAAGUUUAGAAAAACAUUAUACAUACGAAAGUAUAAGUAAUAAAGGAUCAAAUGAUCUUAAUUAUAGAAAAAACAUAUCAGAAGAAUAUAAAGAAGAAAAUAGUGAAAUACCUAGCAAGAAUGACGCAAAUUCAAAUAUGAAUACAUUAGAAUGUCUUGAAAAUUGUGAUCAAAAUAUUAAUAGAAAUUUUGCAUCUGCUAAUGAAAAAACAAAUUAUUAUAUUUUAGAAAAUAAGCAUAAACAUAGGUAUUGUUACGAAAAAUCUUUAAGUGCAAUGGAUAAUAAAAACAGGGUUAAUUAUAGAGAUAAAAACAAUAUGGAUUUCUUUAAAAAUACUAACACAUUAGAGUCGUUUAGGAGAAAUGAUAUAAAUAAAAAUGUAAAAAACAACAAAAACUACGAAAUGAAUAAAAAUUUAGAUAAUGGAAAUAAUUAUAUUCUGAAAAGUAAACCUUUAAAUAGAAACAUAACUUAUGAGAAAAAGGAAAAUAAUAAGUCGUUUAGAUCUACAACUAAUCAAGAUGUUGCAGAAAAGGAUUACACAAAUUCAUCUACCAAAACAUAUUCAAGUAAUCAAAUGAAAUUAAAAGAUAAAACAGAUAUAACUAAAUUUGUUACAAAAAAAGAACCUAACUAUGAUUUUAAGAGUGCUUUAAAUGUUCAAUUUUGUAAAACAAAAAUGUGUCCAUAUAUGAAUACCAAAGAAAAAUGUAAAAGAUUUUCUAAUAAUAUGUGCCCUUACGCUCAUGACAAAAGUGAGUUAAAACCUAUUCCUAAUUUAUAUAAAACAGCUAUGUGCAGAAAUUUUAUAAAAAAUUUAUGUUUUAAAUCUAAAAAAGAAUGCAAUUUUGCUCAUCAUGUUGAGGAACUAAGGUCUACUGAUGAGUUUUACAAAACAACAUUAUGCAAAUUUUUUCUUAAUGGAUAUUGCAAGGCAGAUAAAAAUUGCAGACAUGCUCAUGGAUACAAAGAAUUAAAAUCUAGACCCGCCAAUGUAUUUUUAGAAAACGGUAAGAUAAGUAAUUAUAAUGCAAAUAAUAAUGAUAUAGAAAAUUCAAAAAGUGAUAAUAAUAAAGAUUCUCUGAAUCUUUUCAAGACAUCUGAGAGUUGUUCCAUAAAUGAAAGUAAAGAAAGUAGCAUAAGAGAAGAAGAAAGCAUAUUGACAAUGUAUGAUAUAAAAAAAGAUGAAAAAAAAGAGAAUUUUUAUAAUAAUUCUUGUAAACUUAUGUCAAUUAGUACUAAAGAUACAUAUUACUUUUUAUCAAGUGGAUUAUCUAAAAAUGUUGUAUCAUCUGAAGAUGGUGAAAAUCAAAGCGUAAAAACAAAUGAGGACUCAAAUUUUGCUCAAAGUAGUGGAAGAUCAAAAUUCAAAAGUUCUGAAAGUUCAAAGAGUUAUUUUAAAGAAAGAGAAAAAAACUCAGAAUUUUCAUAUAAAUCUAAAGAAGAAAGUUAUUGCAAUGAUACAAAAAUUAAGGAAGUGAGUGAAUCAAGUGUACCAAUUGAAAAAGAUAAUUUAAUAAUAAGUAGCAAUGAAAAUGAAUUUCAACAUAUGGAGCAAUGUGAAAAGAUAAAAUAUGAAAAAAGUCUUAUUAGUGAAUCUGAAAGCAAUAAAAAAAUUGUUGAAGAAAAAGAUAAUUAUAAUGAUUCGAAAUUUGAACAUGACAUAAAUUCAAAAAUUUCAAAAUCAUCUAAAAAUAAAAAUAUAAAUUUGAAUGAAAAUAGAAAUUCUAAAAAUAUAAAAAAUAGCAUUGAAAUGCGUAAUGAUGAUAAAAUACAUGAGGAUAAAAAUAAAUUGAAUGAUAGUAUAUUCAACAGUUCUAGUGAUAUUUCCGUUCAUAAAAAAUUUGAUAAAAACAAGUCAACAAAAAGUAAUAUAAAUUCGAAUUCAUAUUUAAAAAAUAUUAAUGAUAUUCUAAAGGACUCUCAUGAAAAAAUAGAAAAUAAAAAAUUCAAUAAAAAUGUUGAUAUUGACUACGAAAAUAUUAAUAAUGAAAAAAUACAUAGAAAGUCAUUUCAUUUUGAUAAAUUAAAUGAAAAUAAUAAAUCUAAUUAUAAUAACGAUUUAAAUGAUAGUAGUAAUCAACAUGAUUGUGAUAACAGUUACUAUUGCAAAGAAAAGAACAUACGUAAUCAUCAAAAAAAAAAUAAUUUUAACAACGCAUAUAACAAGAAUAAAUAUAAAAAUAAAAAAACUUUUAAUAAUAAUAGUAGUAGUAGUACUACUACUACUAAUAAUAAUAAUAAUAAUAACAAUAAUAAUAUUAAUAAUAAUAAUAAUAAUAAUGAUAAUAUAAAAAAUGAUAAUAAUAAUACUAAUAAUAUUGAUAAUAAUAAUGUUGAUGAUAAUAAUAAUAAUGAUAAUAUACAUAAUGAUAAUAGUAAUGAUAAUAUAAAUAAUUAUGAUAAUAAUAAUGAUGAUAAUAAUAAUGUUGAUGAUAAUAAUAACAAUAACAAUAAUAAUAAUAAUAAUGAUAAUAAUGAUAAUAUACAUAAUGAUAAUAGUAAUGAUAAUAAUAAUAAUAAUAAUAGUAAUGAUAAUAUUAAUAAUUUUGAUAAUAAUAAUAAUAAUAAUAAUAUUAAUAAUUUUGAUAAUAAUAAUAAUAAUGAUAAUAUAAAUAAUGAUAAUAAUAAUGAUAAUAAUGAUAAUAUACAUAAUGAUAAUAGUAAUGAUAAUAAUAAUAAUAAUAAUAGUAAUGAUAAUAUUAAUAAUUUUGAUAAUAAUAAUAAUAAUAAUAAUAUUAAUAAUUUUGAUAAUAAUAAUAAUAAUGAUAAUAUAAAUAAUGAUAAUAAUAAUGUUAAUAAUUUUGAUAAUAAUAAUAAUGAUAAUAUAAAUAAUGAUAAUAAUAAUGUUAAUAAUUUUGAUAAUAAUAAUAAUGAUAAUAUAAAUAAUGAUAAUAAUAAUAAUGAUAAUAUAAAUAAUGAUAAUAAUAAUGAUAAUAUAAAUAAUGAUGAUAAUAAUAAUGAUAAUAAUAUAAUUAACAUUAAUAAUGAUAAUAACAACAAUAAUAAUAAUAAUGAUAAUAUAAAUGAUAAUAAUAAUAUUAAUAAUAUUGAUGAUAAUAAUAAUAAUAACAAUAAUAAUAAUAAUAAUGAUAAUAAUAAUAAUAAUGAUAAUAAUAAUGAUUAUAUAAAUAAUUAUGAUAAUAAUGAUGAUAAUAAUAAUAUGAAUAAUGAAGGUAAAAAUUAUAAUAUCAAUAAAAACAAUAAUAGUAAUAUGAAUUAUAACAAUAUAAAUUAUAACAACAGUAUGAAUAAUAAUUUUAGUCAUAUUAAUAGUUAUAAUUAUAAUUGUUAUAAUAGUUCGGAUGGAAAUAUUAAUAGAUGUGUAAGUAAUAAUAAUUUUUAUUAUAAAAAUAUAAAACAAAGUAAUAAUAAUGAUAAUUCUAACAAAAGUAACAUUAAUUACUCACAUGAUUAUUCUUCAAUUAAUAUGAAUAACAUAACAAAGACAUUUAAAAAUUACAGAGUUAAAAAAAAUUUUAUGGACAAUAAUACUUUUGAUAAUAAUAAUAAAGGUGAUAAUAACAAUAGUAAUUUAGAUAAUAAUAACAAUAACAAUUAUAAUCAUAAUGGUAAAAUAGAUAAUAACUAUAUUAAUAAUAACAAUAUGGAUAAUAAGAAUAAUAUAGAUAAUAUUAAUAAUAAUAAUUAUAAGAAAAAUAUUAUAAAUAAUAUUUUUUGCGAUGAAAUAUUCUACAAAAGUAAUGAAGAAAAAUAUAGUAAUACAUUAUACAAAAAGAAUUCAUCAUAUAGCAUAAAUAUGAAUAAUGAUGGAAAAUUAUCCUAUGACAAUAUGUCAAAUAAGAAAUAUAAAUACUACUCUAUAAAUUUAAAAAAUGAUAAAGUAAAGAAUGGAAAAGUGUUAACAAAAGAUUUAAAAAAAAAUAAUGAAGAAAUAGAUUUUAAUUUGAAAAAAUCUGAUUAUUCAUAUAAAAAUGAAAAAGAAUAUAAAAAAAGAAAUCAUAACAAUGAAAAAAAUAUGAUUGAAGAAAAGGAAAUCGUUUAUAUGAAUCGUAUGGAAUUCAAUAAGAUAAAUAAUAUGAAUACAUUAAAAGAAGAUAUACAUAAAUCUAAUAAUCAUAAUACUUAUGAUAAUAAUAAUAAUAAUAAUACAUAUAAAUCAUUAACUUCCCUAAUUAAUCCUUUGAAAACAUCACCUAUUGAAAGAAUGAAAUUGCAGAAUCCACUUUUAACUUAUAAUAAUGAUCAAAAGGAAAACGUUUUUUUAACAAAAAAUAAAGUAGAAAGUCACGUGGAAAGUGAUACAUUUAAAAAAAACAUAAAAAUUGAAAAAUAUUUAACUGACCAAGAACUUAAAAUAUGCACAUCCUGCUAUCAGUAUAUAAAAAAAGUAACACCUACAGAUAUGACAUUUAUUGAAUCUUCCUGUUUAAAAUGUGGUCAACUUAUAAAAAAAUCAUUAUGCGAAAUGAUAAUAGAAUUUUUAAAACCACAAGUACAAUUUAUUUUUUCAGAUAUCAAUUUUUAUGUGCAAUGUUACCAAGAUUAG